AUGGAGCACAUCCCGCGAGUGCGAGGCUCCAAGCUCCAGAUAGCUCGCCUUCGCGUCCCCCAUUUGGCAAGCGAUUGGGACUACGGCAGCCAGCAACAGGGAUUCGACAAUUUCUUCGCAUUCCCCAAAAAGCAUGGAUACAGCUCUCUAGUAGACCAGGAGGACGGCGGUGAUGCGCUCGCUGGCCCAUCGGUUGGAUUCCUGCAGGCAUGGCUGUAUUUCGGCCUCCUGGCUGAGGCCUUUGGAACCAACGAGAUGUGCUUUGACCCUAGUCAUUUCAUUAGCGACACUGGAAGAAGCAGUGAAGUCAUUACGACAAAAGACUUGGAUCGAUAUAUCUGGUACUGGGCCGCUGCGAUCGCGCAUGGGACGCGCGACGAAAUUGACGACCAUGCAGAGAAUUUGGACAAAUGUGUCGAACUUGCGAACGCGGUCGUUAAUGUGUACUGUCAGCGGAUAUCAGUGCCCGAGCGGUACGCUUAUUCGAAGGGGGAGGACAAAGAGGAAGUAGUAUGGUCGACCCCAACGUCCGUCCUUUUUUCAAUCAUCACGCUGGUGGACUAUCUGCGCCGCGCGCGCAUCGAAAUCAACAUUUACAGUUUCGAAGCUAAUCUCCCGAGCCUACGAUGGGAUUUCCCGCCGCUCGAACACGCCCUUUUGGAGGCGGGAUGGUGCGAGGGUGAAAUCGCUAAACUGAACCGGCAGGCCGAUUGCUCUACUCGUUUCUAUCUUGCUCAGGUAGACCGGUGGGUGCAGGGCAGAGCUCACAGCAGAUGUUCUGCUCGCGCUGGUUGCCAGGCGCAUCAGAUUGAUGAACCAACUUACAGGACCAGACACCGACCUGACUGCAAGGGCGAUGCAAUGUGUUGGGGUAUAGCCCCUCUUGUUGAUGAUGUUACCAAGGUCAUCGCUGACGGCGGGUACCCGGUCGUUAACCUGGCCGACAACAAUAGGGAAGUGGAGGUGCAUCCAGCAAACCAGGGGGAUCUAUAUGCCACGAUUUCGCACGUCUGGUCAGACGGCCUGGGAAACCCGCACGACAAUGAAUUGCCAUAUUGCCAGCUCGUAUACAUCCAAGGCCUGGUUAACGCGCUAUACCCGGAAUCCCAGCGCCCAGUGAAAUUCUGGCUUGAUACGUUAUGUAUUCCAGUUGGCACCAGGGAGUCUGCAUUCCGACGUCUGGCUAUCAAUAGGAUGGGAGAGACGUUUCGGCGCUCGGACAAGACUCUCGCCCUAGAUAACUCACUCAUGGCUCAGGAGCCAGGCGAAAUUGAUUGGGUGGAAAUGAAUAUGCGCAUCAAGUAUUGUCCUUGGGUGACGCGCGCAUGGACACUGUUGGAAGGACGCAUGGGCAAAGAACUUCUAUUCCAGUUCAAUGGCAGCGCGGUUUCAUCAAACCUGGUGUUCAAUCGCUCAUAUGCGGCACGAAACAUCGUGGCCGUAUCCAGGAUACUUCAACAGCGGGGGGUGGAGGGCGUACUCAACGAGCCAGCCGCAGUCAAUCUUGUCCGAGCGCUGGUCCAGUUACCAAAGGAGCCGAGGCAAAGCCUUGAGAGCGACGAGGAGGACGAGCAGGAGAACAUAGCGUAUCAGGACACUGUUCAAGCCGCAGUCAAAGCAUACGAGACCUGGAUGCCAAUCCUUACAUCUGCCGGGCUCGCCGAUAAUCCAUCCGAUAUAGACGACGACAUGAGCGUUAACAUCCAAACCCGUGUUUUCUGCCCUGUAAUAAGGCACUCUAACGGCGGCACGCGCAAUAUUCGCGACGAGUUCUGGCUCGAAUCUAUCGAGACUUCGCGCGCUGAAUCAGCAGGAGGAGGCCAACAGUACCUCCCCCACCCAUUCUUUGAAGGAGUCUGCGGCGCGUUCCGGGGUCGAACAACAAGCAAGUCGGAGGACCAAGCCAUAUGCUUCGGCCAGAUGCUGAGUAUAGACACGUCGCAAAUAAUAGACAUCCGCCCGCUGCGCCCGAGACCACGAUACUGGUUCACGCUCUUGGAUUCGUACCCGGCCCUCCGAUUACUCUGCUGGGUAGUGGGCUUUGACGCACGGGCUAAAUUGACUGAGUGCCAGGAAGGAAGAAUAAAGAUACUUUUGUCGCAGAUUGGUAAGCUACCCGUGUCCAUUCUGCUGUGGAACGUGCCACGCAUGCAAUCGCUGGGCUGGAAAUGGGCGCCAUUGUCGCUGCUAGAUGCAGACACCGGCUCCGAGGGCGGUUGGGCCAGCAAUGAGCGAGGAACUGUAACGCCUGAUGGAUUUACCGUCAAAUUCCAUGUGUUGCGCUUGAAAUCAACAGGAAAAAUAGCAACUGAGACGGACUUGGAUAUUAGCAUCUGCGAUCCCGUCCAUUUCGUGGUCUCCAUCGCGGACGACGGCCUGGGAGCUGGGAAUGCCACUUUUAAGGCCUGUAUAAGCGAUUCCUCCCCGUGGGGAGGGUAUAGAACAUGGUCAGACAUUGUGUACACUGGCGUUCUAGAUAGUCUUGCAGUCUUGACUCGGCGGCGUGCAUCAGUCCAUGAUCCAUUCAAGAACAAGGGUGUUUUGCUGCAGUUGCGGGAGACAAGAGAGUCGCUCAACCUAGCCCAUUUGAGAGCUGUGGUUGAGAGAAUACAUGGAGCAACCGAUGGGUCGCUCCCUGUUAUUUCCAUAGAUGGAGUUUGGGAUUUGGACUCAACAUGGUGUAUUGGGUGA